UGGACCAGUCUCUAAUUUAAGUGGAUGGUCACCCAGCUUGCAUUGUCCAGUCGACCCUGAACCGAGGCUUCUUUCGAGGUGAGCAGACUUUACCUUCUAGCAAAGGGGGGAUCUCUAAGAGCUUGAGGAGCACCUGUCUCGGCUUUCUCCGCACUCCAGAGUCCAGGUUAAGGCCAUGGCGGAGAAGGGCUGUCUCAGCCUCACCAAAUAUUUCCUCUUUGUCUUCAACAUCUUCUUCUUCGUCCUGGGCAGUCUUGUACUCUGCUUUGGCCUCUGGAUUCUCAUUGACAAGAACAGCUUUGCUUCUUAUCUGGGACUAUCUUUUAUACCACUGAAGAUAUGGUCUUAUGUACUGGCUACCUCGGGGGUCCUCACAGGCCUCCUGUCCCUCCUAGGCUGCCUUGGAGCCCUCAAGGAGAUCAGGUGCCUCCUUGGCCUCUAUUUUAGUUUUCUGCUGGUCCUGUUUACCACCCAGAUCACAAUAGGAGUCCUCAUCUACACACAGCAUAGCCUUCUGGAGCGAAAGGUGAAGGACAUCGUGCUGGACAUAAUCGAGAAUUAUCACAAGUACCCGGAUGCUUACAGCACCGCUGAGAACUGGGAUUUUGUGCAGUUCCAGCUUCGGUGCUGCGGCUGGACCUCCCCCCAGGACUGGCUGCUGGCAUCCUCCCUGAGGUCCAAUGGCUCGGCCCCCAUCGGCAGUGGAAGAGCCUCCACCUUCUUCCCGACACGAAGCAGCGACUUCUUGCCCCCAUCCCAGACGACUGGGCAGCUUCUGCGUGUGCCCUGCUCCUGCCAGAACACUUCUGUGAUAAUGCCCACACCCCAGAGCCCUGCGGACGUCCCUAGAGCCAGCCAGCCUGCAGCUGGGCCUGGGGCUCGGGCCACCGUGGUCUCUUCCCCGGGCAUGCCCUUGGUCCUGCCGGGUCCAGGCAGCCCCGGGACCCCUGCCCGAGUGCUCUCGGGCGAGCUAUGCUCGAUGCCUGCAGAUAGUGGAGUCUAUCCGGAGGGCUGCUCUCGGAGCGUCUACACCUGGUUGCACAACAACCUCAUCUCCAUCGUGGGCAUCAGCCUGGGCCUAGGGCUGCUCGAGCUCGGGGUCAUGUCGCUUUCGAUGUUCCUCUGCAGGAACCUGGAUCACGUCUACAACAAGCUCUCGAGAUACUCUUAGACAACCCCCCCCUUACCCCACCUGAGACCCCGAGUCCUGCUCCCAGGACCCUCUCAUCUUUCCUGAAUCAGCCACAUCCUCUCCCCCAUACCGCUCUCCUCCAGGGCAUCCUGGAGUCCAGUCCCUAAGCUUCCUCUUCUCCCAGCUCCCUUUCAUCUGCGCCGACCCUGGAACCUCGUUCCCUAAUAUCCCUCUCCCUUCUUGCGCCAGCCAGGUCCUUUCCUGGAGCAGCCUAGAGGGCUUCCUAGGUACCCAGCGAUAUUCUGUUCCCAGCCCCUCUCUUCCCAAGGAUCCUCUAGUAUCCCUUCUUUGAGUCCCCCCCCCCUCAAUAUUCAAUCCCCAGCAGGGUCGGGAGGUGGUGACUAAUGGUGUCCUAUUUUAAAGGUUCCAACCGUUGAACCCAGUCUUUCGUGCUCCAUCCCUAUCUCAUCCCACCAGGAACCCUGAGGUCUGAGCCCUAGAACCCUCUUCUCUACCAUCUCCCUUAGCAUUCUAGCUCCCUCUAGUACCCCAGUGUCCUUUCCUCCAACCUCCUUUUCUUUCCCCAGGGAUUUUAGUGACCACCAUAGCCUCCCUAUCUUCUUGCUCUGGACUGCUGUAUCCUCUUCUUCCUGGGAACCUCAUCAUUCUGUCCCCCAGUCCUUUUUUUCCUCCUGGGGAACUUAUCAUCUUACCUCCCAAUAUUUUCUCCUCUACUUUGGAAUCCUGGCAUCCUAUUCUCUAGCUCCCUUUCUCCCUCUUUCCCCACUUUGUUGUGUCCUGUCUCCCUUUGCUCCUUUUCUAUUCUCAGGGACCCUAUUAUUCUGUCUCUUCCCCACCCCAGGGAUACCAGUACCCUAUCCUUCAGUUCCUUUUAAUCUCCUGCAGCUCCCAACAUCUUGUCACAGUCUAAUUUCUUUCCUUCUUAUCCAUUUUCCUUUUCAAUUCUCUUUCUGUCCAAUGAGCUCUGGGUAAGAAAUAAAAAUCAUUUAUUUGCUGGUAAAAUGGA